AUCAUCUGCUGAUGUUUCUAAUGAAAGUGAUUUAACAAGAAUGUAGAUAAAUCCGAACGUGUGCGUUCUGCAAUAAAACGGAGACACAGACAUCUGAAUAAAUGUUCCUCUUACACCAGGUUCACAGUGUGUGGGGGAGAAUUCGCUUUAAAACCGAGACGUCGUGUUUGUGUUCGCGUCGCUGUCUCACUUCUCUGUUCCGACCAGAGCAGCGAAGAGGAGCCGCUGACAAACAGGUAACCAAAAAGGGCAAAAAAGAAAGAUCCACCUGUCAGCUGGUUCUGGAACUCUUUGACCAGCAGUACAAUCAGGAACUUGGGGACUUGUGGGCGUCUGCAAGGUCAGUGCUCCUGGACCCUCGAUCCUGGCAAUAUGGGGUCAUGCUGAAUCGCUUUACAGCUGUGAAAGAUAUCACACAGAUUCUCCAGUCACAGGGUUUCUCCAGUUUCCUGCCACAGACUGACGUGUCCUCGCUGAACCAGACAGGAAAAGACUCUCUGUUGUCACCUCACGGCAUCUCCGAGUGCCCUCCUGAUGACUCCAGUCCUGUACGUGUCAGCACCUCUCCUGCACUCGGUCGGGACCUUCAACCCAAUCCGUCUCUCAAUUUGCCCCGUCCUUCUCUCCAGUGUUACAUCCACCCACACCCACUCAGGUUCCCCUCUCAGGCUCACAGGCCGGGCCAGCUGAAGCAGUACUACCUCCUGAACGCUGCCUCCCUGCUCCCUGUGCUGGCUUUACAAGUCAAAGAUGGAGAAAAGGUUUUGGAUCUUUGCUCCGCCCCGGGGGGGAAAGCCUUAGCAGUAAUGCAGUGUGCCACCCCAGAACUUCUCUGCUGUAAUGAACCAGAUCCUCAGAGACGGGACUGGCUUGCCAAAACCCUGGAGUCUUUUGUGCCUCACUCACUUCACAGCAAAGUGAUGGUGUCUGCACAGGAUGGACAACGCUUUCAGAGUGAAGAUGUGACGUACGACAAGGUUUUAGUCGACGCUCCAUGUUCCAAUGACCGGAGCUGGCUGUAUUCUGGCAGCGCCCAGCAGGGGGUGCAGAGACUCAAGGAAAGAGCCAGACUGCCUGUGCUCCAAGCUCAGCUGCUGAGGUCUGCCCUGUCAGUGGUGCGUCCAGGGGGCCUUGUGGUCUAUUCAACCUGCACACUGUCCAGCUCCGAGAACUACUCUGUGGUUGAGACGGUGCUGAAGGACUUUCCAGACGCAGAACCUGAAGACCUGUGGGAGGAGAUAGCCAUUCCUCUAUCAGAACACUUUGUGUUUAGACCCUCACACCCUGGUUAUGGACAGACCUCUCACCAGCCCUCGCUGCUGCCACAGAAUAAUGAUGUGUCUUCUUAUCCCAAUAGACUCGGCAUCUUAGUGGUUCCUCAGCCUGGCAGGACCUGGGGACCCAUGUUUUUGUCUCGGAUUAGAAGAAGGACAUAGCGGCUGACUGUCCCGUGAAGAUGUUUAGAAACAAAUGGCUAAGCAUACAUAUUUUCUUUGUGCAACUUUUGAGAUGCAAAGUACCUCGCAGAACUGACUCGCACGGAGAAACUGUCAAUGUCAAUUUGUGAAACUCUUAGAGAAGCACAGUAGUUCUAAACAGUGGUUUAGACAUGGAGAAAUAAACAUGUCUGUGUGCCAAAGCCAAACUGUUGCAGGUGAAACAGUUUUCACUUUUUAGAGGAAGUGUUGCAGCCAAAGUGUUUGUGGUAAAAAGCAGCUGCUUUUUGAGUGUGAAUGUUUGUUUGAAUACGAAAAUACAAAGUAAAAUUAUAACUGUUCAAAUCAUUUAGACUUACCUGCAGUGUUCUGCAUCUAAGAAAGAUCUGAGACAACAUAUAUUUUUAUAAAGCAGCUCAAUUGAUAUUUCAUAGCAGGGAAUCAAAUUGUAAUGUGAAAAUAUAAAAAGAGUUGGGUGUGUGAAUUAACUAGAGUGUUAUCAUCAGUGUCUGCAGUUUUUUAUGUGCCCAGCUGCUACUGUCAAAGCUUUGUUUUCUUUUUUAUGUAAUUGCUUUUUGAGGCAUUUUAUUGCCUUUAUUGACAGGAUCGAUUGCAGAGUGAAAGGAUGGGAGGAGAGAGAAGAGAAGAUUCAGCAAAGGGCCUCAAGUCAGAGUUGAACCUGCGGCUGCUGCUGGGGAAACAAGCCCCAGUGGGACAUGUGCUGAGCUCUAAGUGGAGCAUUUAGCAGCUGAAACACCAGAUUCUUCCCUCACAAGUUCGUAGGGACCAAAAACGGAAGGUGAAUAUUGAACGUGCUUCAUCAAGUGGUCCAAUGAAUGUUAAUGUUGAUUCCUUGUUGCCAGGGGCCAAGAGAGUUAUAACGUCAUUGAUGUUUUCACAACUUGUGUUUGGUUACACCGAUUGGCCCAAAAAAAUACAUGAUCUCUUAGCCUCUGUUUAUUAUU